AUGUCGAUUACAUUUCUUUGCCUUGUUCGAGGAGAGCCAAUUACACGAGCUUUUGCUAUUGAUAUCGAUAGUAACAUGCUAGUUAGCUAUCUCAAGAAAGUCAUUAAAUCAGAGCUUCACCCACAAUUUGAUAAUGUACCAUCUAAAGACAUUAAAUUAUGGAAGGUCGAAAUUCGUGACAAUAAUAUUGGCAAUUUAGAUAACCUUUCCUCAAAUGAUGAUAAUGAACUUCUCUCAACUCGAAAAGUCAAAGAAUAUUGGCCCAAAACUCCAGAAAAAGAACACAUUCAUAUCAUAACUAGCUCAUAUAAAAAUACUGAAUAUCUUGGCUUCUUGCCUUCGAGAAACAUGAAGAAAAUUUUGUUAUUUUCUUUUUUGUGUUUUUCAAGAUUAAUUGAAGUAAAAUCUGGAAAAAUAUUUAAUAGUUGUUUAUAUGAUUCAUUUAUAACUAAUAAUCCGUACAAUUCUUUGCUUAAUUAUAAUUUUAGUGAUGAUAUUGUUAUAAGGGGUGAUCUAGCUAAUGUAGAUAUAUCACAAAUUUGUUGUACCAAUUUUAAAUGUUUAUAUUGGCCAUGGCAAUGGGAUAAUUGCACUUCAUUCAACGAUACAUUAGUAUCUAAUAAUUCAACUUUUCUUUGCAACAAAAUUGGGCAAAAUUAUUUUUGCUAUAAUGGUGAUGGAUUGACAUGUGCUGGUAUAGUUGGAAACUUUGCAAUUACUAGCAAUAUUACUUUAGGAAAUUGUACAGGAAAAGAAAAUCUUGACGGUGUUGCAAAUUACUUAGCAAAUAUUAGUGUAAAUGAUGGAAAUACUCAUGUAACUUGUACGAAUCAUAAUUUUUGCUCAGACUUGGAAUGUUGGUGGGAUAAUGAAGUUUGGACAUGUCAUAAUCCUGAUUAUGCACAUAUUAGCGAUUAUACUAAUCAAAAUUGUUUUUUGCAAUUAAUUAUAAGUUCAUCAACAAUUAAUUCAACGACUCCUACUUUUUUACCUACUUUUAGCUCCUCUGCAAAUAUUAUCUUGGUUAUUGUUGGUUGUUUGAUAGGAAUUAUCGGAAUUGCUAUAUGUGUAACAAUAAUUUAUUUCUGGCGGAAACAACAUAGAAAAGAUAAAUAUAAAAAUUUUUCAUAUUGA